AUUAGCGAUUAAGGGCGAACAAGCUAGGGGAGUGGGGCUGGGAGGCGCUUGGAGGGAAAAGAGGGGAGGGUUGGAUCCCGGGCUGGCGGGGUACUGGAGAAAGAAGAAGGCACGUAGCCCCAUUCAUCUCUCCGCAGUCUGCGAAAAGAAAGGAAGGAGUGUGGGCUCUUGGUGCUUCUCCCGAGGAAGCCGUUUUACUCUUAGUCCCGGCCCGGAUUGAUCGUGUUGGCUGUUGACGACCGCUGGGCGUUCCCCGAAGUCCGGGUGCCCGUGCAGUCUGGAUUCCCGGAGCUGGUCACCAUGCCGGGCAGAUUUUAGCUCCCCCAUGGAGCAAACCAACUUCUACGAGGUCGAGUCCCGGCCCCCGAUGAGCAGCCACCUCCAGAGUCCCCACCACCAGCCUAGCAGCGCCGCCUUUGGCUAUCCCCGGGACUCGGUCCCUCCUCAGCCCCCUGCAACACCUGCAGCCGCCGCCGCCUCGGAACAGCUGGGCGACAUCUGUGAGAACGAAAACUCCAUCGACAUCAGCGCCUACAUAGAUCCCGCCGCUUUCAACGACGAGUUCCUAGCUGAUCUGUUCCAGCACAGCAAGCAACAGGAGAAAGCCAAAGCUGCCCUGGCGGGGGGCGAGUUCGACUACUCUCUGCAGCCGCAUCCUGCCGGCCACGCCAUGCACGGAGCCCACGGGCCUGGGAGCCACCCCCACGUCUAUGGCUGCAUGGCCGCUAGCUACCUGGACGGCAAAUUAGACCCCCUGUACGAGCGCAUUGGGGCCCCGGCCUUGCGACCACUGGUGAUCAAGCAGGAGCCCCGGGAGGAGGACGAGAAUAAGCAUUUGGCGCUGUCCGGCCUCUACUCCUACCAGGCGCAGCAGCAGCAACAACAACAGCAACCACCACCUCCUCCUCCACCCCACCACCACCACCAUCACCACCACCACCCGGCGUCCCACCUCCAGUACCAGAUCGCCCACUGCGGCCAGACCACCAUGCACCUGCAACCAGGGCACCCCACGCCGCCACCCACGCCUGUGCCCAGUCCUCACCACCAGCCACCGCAACCACCGCACCACCCACACCAGCAGAACAGUCUACCCCCGGGAGGGGGACUCAAGAUGAUGUCCACGGACCACCGGGGUAAAUCCAAGAAGUCAGUGGACAAGAGCAGCAGCGAAUACCGAGUGCGCCGGGAACGCAAUAACAUCGCUGUGCGCAAGAGCCGGGACAAGGCCAAGCAGCGCAACGUGGAGACCCAGCAGAAGGUGCUGGAGCUCACCAGUGACAAUGACCGGCUGCGCAAGCGGGUGGAGCAGCUGACUCGGGAGCUGGACACGCUGCGAGGUAUCUUCCGCCAGCUCCCAGAAAGUUCCUUGGUUAAAGCCAUGGGCAACUGCGCGUGAAUAAGCGCUUCCCUCCCGCCAGCCAGCCAGCCAGCCGUUCUCCAGCCUAGACUCCCGGUGGCCCUCGGGCCCUUCGUGGAUUCUGUCUCUCAGUUCCUCCAUCCGUCCCUCCGCGCCCACCCAGAUGCUGGACUGAAGGACAUUACUUUGGAGGCUGGUGGGUUUUGUGUUUUGUUUUUGUUUUUUAAAUUUCAGAACUGAUUGAUCUCGAGACUGUCCGAGACAGAAUGAGGAAAUUCCGGUGCCAUAAACCCUGGUUGGCUUUGAUUCUCUGUACCCCCUUUUCGACACCCCCCCAAGCUGGUCAGAAUCUCUUCGAUUUUGAGAUUUGGCCUUAGGUUGUUGUCUUCGAGUCUCUGUCUAGUUGAAAUUGGGGGUUGGGGUGGGGAAGAGAACAAGGAAUGAGGGUGGGGGGACGAGAAGGAAGGGAGAUCGAAGCCCGGAAGCCAGGGAGCUCUAGUAUUAAGUAAUAACCCUGUGCCUUAGGAGUGGAGACGCAUCUAAAUUGAAACUCUAAGAUUCCAAGUGUUUGCGGAGUGGAAGGAGCAAACCAUGUGCCUUUGCCAUUUGAUCUAGGGGUUCCCCUGUUCCUACACCCCCAACUACCGGACCCUUUCUCUAUCUCCCCACCUCUUUCUGCUUAGGAGAGAUGCGGGAGCCUGGGGAAAGGUCGUAGAAAAUGAAGUUCCACCAUCCUGUGACUGGGAUGUUUAAGGACAGGUGGUGGGCCUUGCCUCAGAGAAAAGGUGUAUGUGUAAAAGAAACUGGGGUGAGAGUAGAGAGAAGAGAGAGUGGGAGAUGCUUCCCUAGAUGCUGAACAAGAGAAAACUUGGUGAUAUUCCUAUGCGAAUAUUACAAAGUCCUUAAGAAGAGGGAAAAAAAAAACCCAGUAACUUGGCUUUAAGCCUGUGGUGGCUGCCCCUAGACUUGUGGGAGCCGAGUUUCUGGGCCGAGAUGGGGGUGUCUUUCUUCAGACUCAGUCCUAAAGAGGGGUUGGGCAGUGAUCGUCAGUCAGCUCUCCCCAAAAGAGGAGUGACUGAGGGGCCGAAGUUCUAAAUCAGCAACUCCCCCUCUCUUCCAAAGAAAUAGUGUGUGAAGAGCAGAAGCGCUGAGAGAGUCAGGAGACUAAUGAAACUAUCCCCUUGAGAAGGGGAGGAAGAAGCCAAACUCAGAGCAGCAAUGUCCGUACAAAAUGUCUGGAAGUUCUGGAAAAAAAGCACAAUGAAUAAAUUCCCAUGGGAUGGGGGAUUUGGUUACAAGAAGCGGCCAAGCUUGUUGCUUUUUCAAUUAUUGCAAGCCUCAAUCCCAAACUGGAUUUUAGCUGUGCCAGCAGCAGUGUGACUGUCCACCUUUGUGUGCUAAUUAAUGUUGUAGUCCCGUGCAUCACUUGUUUGUAUUUUUCACUCAGAUUCUGGCCAAGAAAUUUUCUUUGUUCAUGAGUGGAAGGGAGCUCCGCCUUCCUCUCCUUUUAUUAUUAUUGUUAUUUUCCUCUCCCUGAGGGAUAGGGAGAAGCAGAAUAUCCUCUACCUCCUUCUUCCCUUUGUGUCCCCUCCCACCAUCCCGGGUCCCCUGGGAGCAGUUCUCCAGAAGUGGUGCAGGAAAAAGGCAAAGGGAGACAAGUUGCCUGAUGGACGGGUUUGGGGUGAAUGAGAGAGGAACCUCAGAGAUGGUCUAGGAUCCCCUCCAGACAAUCUCAAUCAACGCAAAGAACUGGGCCCAUGCCAACAAGCCCAGCCCGACACCACCUCUGCGUUCUGGCCCUCUAACAGUCAGGAACUGGUGGGAGACUUUUUCCAAAGGCAUCCCCAUCCCCCCGCGGAGCAGUGUGCCCACGGGAAAUGGAGGCAUGGGAGGGUAGGGAGGAGAAGGAAAGGGCCAAGUUGUUUGUUGUUGUCAUUGUUGUGGGAAGAUAUUUUAUUUUCCAGAUGUGAUAGAUGGGAAUUUCAUGAUGCCUGUGUUAUGUACAAAAUAUAUAUAAAUAUAUAAAUAUAUUAUAUAAAUCUCUAUAAAAGUUGAGCUUGGUGUCUUUUUAAAGCCAAAGUGUCAAGGGCCAGGUCCCAUUCCUCAAUAAACAUUGCAUAUUCUUGAUGUAA